AUGGACGUGGGCGCGGAGGAGUUCGAACAGAUUCUCCCGCUGCUGCAGGAGCUGGUCUUGGGUGCGGACUUCGUGGGGCUGGAUAUAGAGUUCACCGGCCUACGCUCCAGCCUGUCUGGGCCUCAGAUCAGUCUGUUUGACUUGCCGUCGGAGUGGUAUCUGAAGACCCGGCAGAGUGUCCACCAGUUUACCAUCUGUCAGAUUGGGUUGUCUGUGUUUUCCAGUGUCAAAGGAGAGGCCAACAAGUAUGUUUCCCAUUCAUGUAACUUCUUUCUCUUCCCUACAACGUUUGGGAUUUUGGAUUCAGAAUUCUCUUUCCAGGCUUCUAGUGUUCAGUUUUUGAAUCAGUAUGGCUUUGACUAUAACAAGUUUCUCAAAAAUGGAAUCCCAUAUAUGAAUGAAGAACAAGAGAAAAAAAUUAAACACAGUAUCCUGAGUGGAAACUGGAGAGUUCGCAGUUCUUUGGAUAAAGACCAAAUCAAGGUGGUGAUUGAGGAAGUGACGCGGUGGCUGGACCUGGCAGAGGAAGGCGAUUGCAUGACUCUCCCGGGCAUCACUGGGUUCCAGGCCUUCGAGGUACAGCUAGUGCUGCAGCAAGCUCUCCCCAACGUCUGGAUGGUGCUGACGGAGCACAAAGUGAUAGUGAAGAAGGUGAACUCACAGCAUCGCUGGUAUCUGGAGAACGCGUCUUGUGAGCGAGAGAGCUCCUGGAAGGAGAAGAUUCUCCUUUCUGCGAAGGGGUUUUCCGUCUUUUUCCAGAUGUUAGUGAAAGCCCGGAAGCCCUUAGUGGGGCAUAACAUGAUGAUGGACCUGCUGCACCUUCACGAGAAGUUCUUCAGGCCUCUCCCAGAAAGCUACGAUCAGUUUAAGCUCAACAUCCAUCACCUAUUUCCUGUUCUCAUCGACACCAAGAAUGUAACGAAGGAUAUCUGGAAGGAACUGAAUUUCCCAAGGGUUUCAAAUCUUUCUGAAGUUUAUGAAGUCCUUAACAGUGACUUGAAUCCCACUAAGGAUUCUGCACCCGUGAUUGUUCAUGCAAGCAAGUGUGAGAAGUACGUGGAGACCAAGUGCCCCCAUGAAGCAGCUUACGAUGCCUUCCUCUGUGGGUCAGUUCUUUUGAAAGUGGCCCACUUGCUCCUACAGAGAGUGUCUGGCAGCCGUUCUGCACCAGAGCCCUCCUUCUCUCAGUACCUGGAUGCCUUGGCCCCUUAUGUGAACCAAGUGAAUCUUAUCCGCGCCGGGGUCCCUAAAGUCAACUUCUCGGGUCCGGAUUAUCCCAGCAUCCGACCUCCCAUCCUGGUCCUCAGUGUCAGGAGGUGGCUGGGGGUCAGCGAGCAGCAGGUCUACCGGGAGUUCCAGAGCCUCUGCAAGUUUGACAUCAGGCGCCUCACGCAGAGCCAGUUCCUGCUUCUGACCAAUAAGUUUAAGGACGCUCGGAAUGUCUUAAAGGAAUACAGACAUCACCCCGACCUCCAGGUGUCCCUGUAUCGGUACUGGCGACAUUCGCCAGAUAUCAACUGCUUGUUACAAGUCUGUGGCAUAAUCACCACGUGGGCCCUGGUGGCCUUUCUGCUUGGAAGACCCAGCGCCUGA